AUGGACAUGCUGGCAACUAAAACCACAUGGUUGGCCAUAGCUCUCUUUUUCAUAACUGUUGUAGCCACUAAGAUUUCAAGAUGGAAAAGCAAUAUCCAUCAUUUGUCCACAAGACCACUUCCACCUGUGGUGAAUGUCCUUGCUCUCUUACCUUCACUUUUUAAAAAGGGGUUUGGGGUUACAAUCAAUGAUCUGUACACAAGGUACGGCAGUGUAUUUACAAUAAAUUUGCUUGGGCCAAAGAUAACCUUGUUGGUUGGACCAGAUGUCUCGGCUCAUUUCUUCCAAGGGCUGGAGUCAGAGAUUAGCUUUGGUAAUUUUGCCGAGGUUACUGUUCCCAUCUUUGGCCAGGAAGUUUUGUAUGGUGUAGAUGCCGCAACUCGCAGUGAGCAAGUAAACCUCAUGCUUGAUAUACUAAAGCCAUCCAAGUUGCGAAGCCUCGUUGAUCCCAUAUUUCAAGAAGUAGAGGCCUACUUUGCAAAGUGGGGACAAGAUGGCAUAGUUGAUCUUAAACAUGAACUUGAGCAGGUGCUCAUGUUUAUCUCAAGUCGGUGCCUACUUGGAUAUGAGGUUCGGGAGAUGAUGCUAAAAGAAGUAUACUCAUUGUUCCAUGAACUUGAGAACGGCUUAAACUUUUUCAGCUACUUGUUUCCAUAUUUUCCAACCCUGACAAACUGCCGACGCAAUAAGGCACACAUUAGGCUGAAAGAAAUAUUCACCGCAACUAUCAGGUCACGCAGGAGUUCUAGUCGUGUCGAGGAGGAUGCACUACAGAGGUUGAUGGAUUCCAAGUAUAAAGAUGGUCGCUCCAUAACGGAAGGAGAAAUUUCCGGCAUGGUCAUGGCCCUCAUAUUUGCUGGAAAACACCCAAGCUCUAGCACUAGUAUAUGGACUGGAGCUUUUAUGUUGAGCAACACCAAGUUCUUAAUAGCUGCCAUGGAGGAGCAAAAGCAUAUCCUUAGCAAGUACAAGAACCAAAUAGGCUAUGAUGCCUUGUUAGAGAUGGAUACCCUGCAUAGAUGCAUCAAGGAGGCGAUUAGGAUGCAUACACCAGCACAAAUGUUAGCUCGCAAGGCACAUAAGAAAUUCAAGGUGCAGACCAAAGAAGGCAAGGAAUAUGACAUACCUGGAGGGCAUAAUGUUGUAAUCCCUACGGCAUUCAACAAUAAGUUGGCACACGUUUACAAUGACCCUCAUGUGUAUGAUCCGAAUCGGUUUGGUCCUGGAAGAGAGGAGGACAAAGUUUGUGGUGAGUACUCUUUCACAACAUUUGGUGGUGGAAGGCAUGUUUGCCCUGGCAUGGCCUUGGCUUACCUGCAAAUUAAGGUGAUAUGGAGCCAUCUACUAAGAAACUUUGAGCUCAAGCUAAUAUCUCCUUUCCCCGAUGCGGACUUGAGAAAGAUGGGCCAAGAGCCUAAAGGAAAAGUAGAUUUGAGCAAGUUGGGCCAAGAGCCUAAAGAAAAAGUAAUGGACGACGACCCCGACCUCCCCGGCUUCUUCACCAGCCCCUCCCGCCGCCCCCCGCAGGACGAAUUGGGGGAAGAAGAAUCCGACUCUCCGGAGGGGUUCGUCGGGGACGAGGAGGAGGACGACGGCUUGCCGUCGGAGUCCGAUCUCGCCGCCGAACUGGACGGCCUGGACACCGGAUUUCUCGAGUCCCUCGAAGAAGAAGACGAAGAGGACGAGGAGGAGGACGGUGGCGGAGAGACGGAGGCCGGCAUGGACGGCGAGAGCGGCUGGGACUCGGAGUGGGACGACGGGAUGGAGGAGGACGAGGAGGAGAAAUGGAGCAAAGAGCUGGACGGGUUCACGCCGCCGGGGGUCGGGUACGGGAGCAUCACGGAGGAGACCCUGGAGAGGAUGAGGAAGGAGAAGCUGUCCAAGGCGGAGCGGAAGCGGCGGGCGAGGGAGGCCAAGCAGGCCGAGGCCAGGGAGGACUCCGCCGUGGUGUGCGCCCGGUGCCACUCGCUGAGGAACUACGGGCACGUCAAGAACGACAGGGCCGACAACCUCAUCCCGGACUUCGACUUUGACCGCUUCAUUUCGUCGCGCCUGAUGAAGCGGUCGGCCGGCACGCCGGUCAUCGUCAUGGUGGUGGACUGCGCCGACUUCGACGGGUCAUUCCCCAAGAGGGCGGCCAAGUCGCUGUUCAGGGCGCUCGAGGGGAGGGGCAACUCCAAAUUGAGCGAGACGCCGAGGCUCGUCCUUGUCGGCACCAAGGUGGAUCUGCUGCCAUGGGAGCAGAUGGGAGUGAGGCUGGAGAAAUGGGUGCGAGGCCGAGCUAAGGCUUUCGGAGCUCCGAAGCUCGAUGCCGUGUACCUCGUCAGCGUCCACAAGGAUUUGUCAGUGAGGAACUUGAUCUCAUAUGUCAAGGAUUUAGCGGGGCCUCGCAGCAACGUGUGGGUGAUCGGUGCGCAGAAUGCUGGGAAAUCGACACUGAUCAAUGCAUUUGCAAAGAAGCAAGGUGUUAAGAUCACAAGACUGACAGAAGCAGCCGUUCCGGGAACUACAUUGGGCAUAUUGAGGAUGACGGGCGUUUUGCCUGCAAAGGCUAAGAUGUAUGACACUCCUGGCUUGCUGCAUCCGUAUAUUAUGUCAAUGAGGUUAAACACCGAGGAACGGAAGAUGGUUGAAAUCAGGAAGGAACUUCGGCCGCGGACCUUCAGGGUGAAGGCUGGACAAUCUGUCCACAUUGGUGGGUUAACACGCCUGGAUGUACUAGAAGCUUCAGUUCAAACUAUAUAUGUGACUGUUUGGGCAUCUGCCAAUAUUUCCCUUCAUCUUGGAAAAACUGAAAAUGCUGAAGAACUGCGGGCCAAGCAUGUUGGCAUCAGACUUCAGCCACCAGUUGCGGCAGAGCGAGCGACCGAACUGGGCCAGUGGACAGAGAGGCGGAUCGACGUGUCCGGGGUCAGCUGGGACGUGAACAGCACGGACAUCGCGGUCUCAGGUCUAGGCUGGUACUCGCUGGGCCUGAAAGGCAACGCCACCGUCGCCGUGCACACUUUCGACGGCAUCGACGUGACGCAGCGCGACGCGAUGAUCCUCCACCGUGCCAAGUUCCUCGAGAGGCCCGGGUUCUUGCUGCCCAUCGCCAUCGCGAACGCCAUAGGCGAGGAGACCAGGAAGAAGAACGAGAGAUUGAAUGCCCAACAGCAGAGCGAUGACGACGACUACGACGAUGACGACCUUUCCGACGACGAAAGCGCAGAGUGA